AGCUCAGGUUAUGAAUUGUGGCCAGUUCUCAAUUCAGUUUGCCAGUUCAUUGCAAGCCUAGUUAUCGAAGCUAACGGCUGCAGUUGGUGGCCAACACGUCGUUCGGAGGCAGAGAUAGCUACGCCCUCCGGUCCGGCGACGAGAGUGACGGACGUCGGAACUUUCGAGCCUGACUCUGGUUUGACUUGCCGCAAAGCUGCUUCAAAGGUUGGAAUUUCUAGCUUCUUAAUUGGCGUGAUUCACGAGGCGGAAUAAACUCUGCGGCAGCUUAGAACGAUGGGUAGCUUAGGAGUUUGUAACUUCAAAGGCUUCAAGUUUGACGUGGUUGGACAAAGGGAUGGCAACUUAAGCCAGAAAACUUGCGUGAAUAAAUGGGUCAGAAUGAGACGUUUACAGUAUGCCCCUCUACCAGUGUCAUCUAAACCAAAGAAGGCAUUUAGAAUAAGCAGCAAGUUGUCGCUUGGAACAGAGUUAGAUAGCUCUGAAGAAUUGAAGCCAACAAUUAAAAGAAGCUACCAAAUUCCCAAUUUAUCUGAGAUUAAAUCUCUGGUCUCUGAAAUUUGCGACACUAAUUCUAUUGCAGAGGUCGAGUUAAAACUUGGUGCACUACAGCUCCAUGUGACCAGAGACUUGACUGAGAAGGCUGAACCUCUUGUUCCUCAAACUACUGUGGCUUUACCUGCUGCUGUCAAUGGCAGUGCAACUAUUGAGGCAGGUAGUUCGAAUGGAUCUGUUCCCAGCACAGCAUUAGUUGUCUCCAAAGAGGCCCUGCCAUCUCCAGAAGGAAUUAAGCCAUUUCUGGAUAGAGCUGCCGACGAAGGCAUAGUGAUUUUACCAUCCCCAAGGGUGGGUAUUUUCCAAAGAUCUCGAACAAUAAAGGGAAAACGCACUCCUCCUGCAUGUAAAGAGAAGCAAAUUGUGAAGGAGGGACAAGUGCUUUGCUAUGUUCAGCAGCUUGGGGGUGAAGUUCCAAUCGAGUCUGAUGUCUCAGGAGAGGUAAUCAGAAUACUGCGGAAGGAAGGAGACGCUGUUGGAUAUGGCGAUCCACUUAUAGCAAUUCUUCCGUCAUUUCCUGGGAUUAAGAAGCUUCAGUAGAUUGAUAUAUUGAACCGUUUCAAUGUGAUUCAUUGUCUAUUGAAGCCUUGAAUUGGGUCGGUUCGGUUUUGUCAGCUCCAUGGUUCGACAAUGGUGGUGGUUUGAAACUGAUGGCACAGUUAGUUGUGUACAUUCUCUCCGGAUACCGAUUGGUUUACAUUCCCUUUCUGGUUAUUUUAAUUCUGCAUAUUUGCUAUUCCUUUUUAUGAAGAAUACACGUAAAGUAUUCUCGUUUUGGAUUCUUUGGAUUAGAUUUGCGGUCGUCAAAGCAGUGAAUUUAGCCACAUCAUGGCAUGGGGUAAGCAUUACCACCACAGUUUAUACAUUUUCAGCUUUAUGAUUUUUGAACAAGGAUUUGGUUUAGUGAUAUUAUCAUAAUUUUUAGCUUGAAAAUA